GGCCCCUUUUCCUCUCGUCGACAUCUUCUUUGAAAUAUAUUGUUAUAAAAAGUUUUCCCAAAAUUAAAAGUUUUGUUUCAAAUACAUUAAAUAAUUAAGGAACGUGCACUGUUCUUUGGUACUACUUAAUUGAAAACUGGGAAAACAAUUAAAUAUUAUAGCCUUUGAAUCUCCGGCGACGUAGAGGGAGGGAAUGGAGGGCGUUGAAGAAGUAAUCGGGAUUUACAAGAUGAGUAACAGCGCAAAUUAUUUGAACAAUUGGUGGGAAGAUGUUAACCAUUCGCACCUCUGGCAGGAUCGCAUCUUCCACCUUCUCGCCGCUCUUUAUGGCCUCGUCGCAGCUGUCGCUCUCGUUCAAUUGGUACGUAUACAAUUGAGAGUUCCAGAGUAUGGUUGGACCACACAGAAGGUUUUCCACUUUCUCAAUUUCCUUGUCAAUGGGGUUCGCUGCCUAGUGUUUAUUUUCCGGCGCAACAUACAGACCAUACACCCUGAGAUUUUUCAACAUGUCUUGCUUGAUUUGCCAAGUCUUGCUUUCUUCACCACUUAUGCGCUUCUGGUGCUCUUCUGGGCUGAGAUUUACUCUCAGGCACGUGCUGUAUCUACAGAUGGACUUAGGCCAAGCUUCUUUACUAUUAAUGCAAUAGUUUAUGCUGUUCAGAUAGCUGUGUGGGUGGUAUUAUGGUGGAAACCGUUUAGAGUGGUGCUUAUCAUCUCUAAGAUGUUUUUUGCAGGUGUAUCUUUGUUUGCAGCUUUUGGUUUCCUACUAUAUGGUGGAAGGCUUUUCUUGAUGUUGCAGCGCUUCCCCGUAGAAUCAAAAGGAAGGCGUAAGAAGCUGCAGGAGGUUGGCUAUGUAACCACUAUAUGUUUCUCAUGCUUCCUAAUCAGAUGCAUUAUGAUGUGCUUUAAUGCAUUUGAUAAAGCUGCAGACCUUGAUGUUUUGGAUCAUCCAGUUUUAAACUUCAUAUAUUACCUGCUGGUGGAGAUUUUACCUUCUUCAUUGGUUCUUUUCAUUCUGAGGAAAUUGCCUCCAAAACGCGGUAUCACACAGUAUCAUCCCAUACGUUGAAAAAGAUAUGGAGUAGCAGCAAAUAUCGAGAAUGGAUGUGAAGUCUAAAGCCUCUGAGCAGGGGAGAGCGAAACUUGACCUUGUGUUUUUUUAAUCAGGGAGUUGGAUGCUGAUCCCAUGGAAUGUAGAAUGUGUGUUUGGUGUCGGUAAUGGGGCGUAGAUGGAUGUGCCAAGGAUUGUGAAAUACCAUUAGGAAUAUUGUGAUAUGUUUGUUUUGUAUGAUAUAAAUUGGUUGAUGGCUUUUGCAAAGCAUACAACCAUAGACGGGAAUAGUGGAAAAUGUAAUCUUGUUGUAUGAUUGGACAUAAUGCAAAUUUGUUAUGUGCUGCUGGAUUAAAAAACAACAAAGCAAUUCUUUAAUGGUGCA